UCAAAAUCAAUACACACUUUCUAUUUAGUUAAUACUCAUUGCAUCACAUAUAAGCGUAAUAAAAAGUAACUUUGUUUACAAAACCAUCAGAUGAUUAUUAUUUCAGUUGUUUCCUGCAAAGUUUUGUUAAAAAAUCUCGUAUUUGCCACAGAUAUGUGGUGUUAACAGCUUGCAACGCUUCACUGAAUCAGUUUGCCGGAAAUGUUAGUUUCGGCCGCGGCAUUGAGUUGAAAUGCGUUGAGAUGGACCUGUCUCCGGACGAGGAUCAGUUUCAAGGCCGCCUACUUCACCAGGCAGCUCUGUGGGACAACGAGGAGCUCCUCCUAUCCCUGCUGGCUGGCGGCGCGGACCCGGAUGCUCGCGACUCGCGCGCGCGCUGCGCGCUCCACGCGGCCGCGCUCGCGGAGCGCUCGCGCUGUCUGCGCGCGCUGGUCGCUGCUGGCGCCACUGUCGACGCGAGGGAAGACACGGCUACAGGGGGCAAGACGGCGCUCCACAUAGCGGCUGAACGCGGUCACGCAGAGAACGUCAAGGCUCUGCUGGCGGCCGGGGCUUCGCUGGCGGCCCGCGACGCGGCCGGCGCGACGCCCCUGCAGCUAGCGGAGCGCGCGGGCCAUCGCCAGGCGGCCAGGGAGCUGAGAAAUGCGAGCGAUGCCCUGGAGCGAGAGAGACUAUCGCAGCACGCGGCCCUACGCGAACUCGUGCUGCGUGGCGACGCGGCGGGGCUUAAAACGAAGCUUACCGCCCUCGGGAGUAAUGCGCCGCUCUGCGUCAACCUAACGCCGCAGGGCGCCAACACGCUGCUAUAUGUGGCCGUGGAAGCAGGUCACACGGCCGUAGCCAAGGCGUUGUUAGAAGCAGGCGCCGACGGCCGAGCUCACCCCGUCACCAAAUACAGUCCCCUCUACAUCGCCUGCUACCACGGACACCGGGAGCUGGUGCCUCUGUUGCUGCAGCAUUUCCCUGAAGCUGUGCAGCAAGAAACGGUGGAAAAAUGGCUGCCCUUACACGCGGCGUGCAUCGGGGGGCACGCCACCCUCGUGUCGUUACUACUCGGUCACCCCUACCCGUCCUCACUGCUCAGCACCUACACGGACGUCACCGGCAAAUGUCAGUACGAGUCAGGUUUCGACGUGAACGCAGUAGACGCUCGCGGACAGAGCGCUCUGUACGUGGCCAGCACGCUCGGCUGCAGCGCUGUAGUGGACGCGCUGCUCUCAUACUCUGUACCGUGCCGACCCUAUUGUAAUGAGGAGCCCUUGACCCCGGCGGCGCCCCGCGCGGUGCUGAGCCCGCAGCGCGGGGUCUCGCUCGGCAUACAGGCGAUCGUGAGCAGGCUCACUGGCUCUGGUACCCACGUAAAAGAGAAGCGAGUGCACCCAGUGCGAGUGGACAUAGGACGGGGCAUGGACUCGUGCGUGGCGUGCGCCGCACGGGGAGGGCACGCACGCACCGUGCGCAGGCUGCUGCAGGCCGGGGCCUCCGCCUCCGCCUCCGCCGCACCGCCCGAGAACGAGAGCACGGGCACGCGCGACUCCCGGCGGCGCUCGCGCAGCGCGUCCGCCGUCGGCUCCGUGUCGCCGUCUCCCUCGCUCAGCCGAGCCAGCGCCGACCGCGACGUACCGUGGACAGCUCUAGCGGUAGCCGUCAGGAACAAACAUGUACAAGUAGCAGACAUGCUGCUCCGAGCGGGAGCUGAUGAUCCACACGGACUGGCACUACGGGAGUGCCACAAGCACCGUCUAGUGGCACUGCUGGCCGCCAUUUUGGCUUCAAGGGCGUACCCCGACCCCGAGUACAAGAUGAACAAGGCGGCGCUGUCGGCGCUGGUGCUGGGCGCGGCGGCGCGCGACUCGUCGCUGACGCACAACGCUCUAGUGCCGAAAACGCCCGUCAUGGUGCACUGGCGGGCGCUGCGUACCAUGCAGGAUACUAUUAGAAUGUCGUGGCUGAGCGCGGCGGCUCUACGUGUGAACCCGCACGUGUCCAGCGACGCGCUGGCUUUACACUCUAUCACAAGAUUAGAACUAGCGCAGAACGAGCUACGAUCGCUGCCCGCCGCUCUAUUCUCUCUGCUCAGCCUUAGGUACCUAAACGUAGCUGCCAACAAGUUGGAGAGAUUACCGCUGGGUAACGAUCCUAUAGAGGAAGAGGAGCCUCGACGCCGAACGCCACCUACUUCUACAGCGCCUGUGUACAGCGCGCCAGUUCUGCAGGAGCUGUACCUGCAGGAUAACCGCCUUGAACACCUGCCACCAGAGUUGUUUACCCUACCAGCCUUAACUACCCUGGACGUGAGCAACAACAAGCUCCGAACGCUACCGUCUCGCGUGUGGGACGCGCCCGCGUUGCGGGACCUCAACGCCGCCCUCAACCAUCUUAGAGAUCUCCCUGCUAGAGACACAAGCGACGCACCACAGUCUCCAUCCGAGUCGUCCCCAGCGCUGAGCGCCUCACCCUCUGUCUCACAGUCAUCAUUCAACUUCUCACAGUCGUUCGUGUCGAGGUGGCAGUCUGUGUCGAGCCACCAGUCCGUGCUGAGCCAGCAGUCUGUGUCGAGCCGCGCGUCGGUCGACAGCGCCGAUGAUGACACGACGCCUGUGCUUGGGGAUCGCAGCGGACACGCCGUAUGUUCGGAGGCGGUGCGCGCGCACCCGUGGCGCGCCGAGCCGCGCCCGGAGCCCGGCGCCGGGGACUGCGCACUCGCCUCGCUCAACCUCGCGCACAACCAGUUCACGUGCGUCCCCGCCGGACUCGCCUGCCUCGCCCCGCGGCUCACCUCGCUCAACAUGGCCUACAACUCGCUCAGGUCUAUGUCAUAUGUGACGUCAUACCCGACGAAUCUCCGUCAGCUGGAUCUCAGCCACAACGAGAUCACGUGCUGGCCGAGUCUGCCUCAGGUGGAAAACUUCGGAUCGUCCGUGGGUGACCCCCUAGCAUGUUACUGUCGCGGCGGCGCGACUCGCGCUCGUCCGUCCUCGCGGCCUCGCUCCGGCGGCGUGCGCGCGCAGCUCUUACAUUGCGCUUGCGCGGCGAGGAGCCAUUUGAGGCUGGACUCGCUCCGGACUUUGAUUCUGGCGAACAACAUGCUCGAGCGCAUCCAACUGACGACGGAUGACGACGGCAACGUACCGGAACGGGAGGGGGAGAUUGACGAGGACAAUGAGUGGAACUCGAUGGCGGGUCUGCGAUCGCGGCUAGUGUUCCCACUUCUCUCCAUGCUGGAUAUGUCGUGUAACAUGCUGCGCUCGGUGCCGCCGCUCAUACACGCCCUGACGAACCUUUCCGUGCUCAACAUUAGCGGGAACAAAGAAAUAACUGACCUACCGCCACAAAUGGGCCUCCUCUCCCGCCUGUGGAACCUGAACACGGCCGGCUGCUCGCUCCACGAGCCUCUAGGGUCCAUGCUGGCCUGCGGCCGCUACAAGAGCAUGGACAUCGUCGGCUACCUCAAGUCCGUGCUGCAGGAGGCCCGCCCGUAUACCAACAUGAAGCUGAUGCUGGUGGGGCUGCAGGGUAUCGGCAAAACCAGUUUACUGGAGUGCUUAAGACAAGAAUCUCCUAUACAGUACCGAAGAAAAGGUACCGAUCAUUGGGCGCUGCGCAUGGGCAACAAAGCGUCAGGUCGCAACAUGUCCACCGUCGGCGUCGACAUCGGCACGUGGAGCUACGAGCCCCCGCGUGCCUCCCGCGGACCCGUCACGUUCCGCACGUGGGACUUCGGCGGACAGCGCGAGUACUACGCAACGCACCAAUAUUUCCUCUCUCGCCGUUCGCUGUAUCUCGUGCUGUGGAAAGUCACUGAUGGAAGGAAGGGGCUAGCAGAAGCCAUUGGAUGGCUUAGGUCUAUACAAGCGCGCGCCCCGGGAUCGCCUGUCAUUCUCGUCGCUACGCACUACGAUCAAGUCGCUAAUAGCACGUUGUCUGAGAGCGAGAGUCCGGCGGCGCUGCAGCGACUGAUACGCUCGGCGUUACUGCAGGCGCCCGAUGCUGAUAAGAAGGGCCUCCCAAGAGUUUGCGACUCUGUCGAGGUGUCGUGCAGUACCAAACACAACAUCCGGCUGCUCGCCGACGUCAUCUACUCUGUCGCCUACAGCGUCAAACCGCCUGGUAGCAAAGAACCACUGUUAGAGCAGCGCAUCCCUGCUACGUACCUGGCGUUGGAAGAGUGUGUGACGUCACUGGCGGCCGAGCUGCGGGAACCUGUCCUCAACCACGACGAAUAUAAACGACUAGUGACUCAGUACAUGCAGACGAAGGGGCACCGCACGUUCCGAGACGCGGCCGAGCUGCACCAAGCCACCAUGUUCCUGCAUGAGAACGGCGUUUUGGUGCACUAUGAUGACGCAGCAUUAAAACAGCUGUACUUCCUCCGGCCGCAGUGGCUCUGCGACGUUCUGGCCCACGUGGUCACAGUUAGAGAAAUUAAUCCAUUUGCUAAUAACGGUAUAAUGAAGAUCGAGGACCUCGCGCACGUGUUCAAGGCGUCCCCCCUCCUGGCGCGGGGGGACGAGGCCUCCUCGCUGGGGGUCAGCCUGCUCAACAAGUUCGAGCUGGCUCUCUGCUGGGACAGCAGGACGCUGCUGGUGCCUCCUCUCCUGCCCGCCACCGAGCCCGCCACACCGCAGCUGCCCCUGAAGACGCGCGUGUGGGCGGGCUCGGGCUCCGGCGCGGGCUCGGGCUCCGGCGCCGGCGCCGCCACCCCGCGCCGCGCCGCGCCCGCCAGGGCCGACUCGCCCUCGUUAAUACUUUAUAACUAUGUGGUUAUCCGAUGGUAUUGUAUUGGUACAGAGGAGAGUCCCGGCAGCAUCAGCAUCGAGGGCCGCUCGACAGGCCGAGCGCUGCGGAGGGUGUUGCUCCUGUCGUACAUCCCGUGCGGGCUGUGGGCGCGGCUGUGCGCGCGCGUGCUGGCCGACCCGGCGGCGGCGGCGGCGGCGCAGCACCUCUACAGACUGCCCGCGGAUAUGGAGGUGGAUGCGACAACCACAAAAGCCUUAGAGCCGAACUGGGCGUGGAAACUUUGGCGCUCGGGGCUCCAGCUAUCUUGGGGAUCUCUUAUCGCUCUGGAGGUGCAAGAGCGAGAGGCAAGACACGACCCGCUGCUAGGAGACAAUCCUGAAGGAGACAGUGGACGGGACUUGAGGUUCAGAGUGAAACAAGAAGGUGCCUGGUGUUCUCUGGAGGUGGCGCGGUCUCCGAGCAUAGAGAUCACGUUGCCGGCGCGAGUCUGUGUGGCGCGACGCACUGAUGGUCUUCCACUGGCUGGAUACCAGAGCAUCAGUCUGGAACCUAAUUUGGAGGCGCUGGCGCGGUUGCUGGCCGUGCUUUCCGACCACGUUGAUCUUCUGUUAGAAGACUGGUAUCCCUCGCUUGGUACUCGUUUCGUUCACACGUCAGAAGGGCGAUGCCUUAUAACGCGCGUAGUGCCUUGUGCACAAUGCCUUGCGGCCCAUGAGGACGAAGCUGAGCGACCCGAACAUCUAGCGCAGGGGGCGGGCGCGGGGGCGGGGAGGGUGUCGCAGGACUCGCGGGCCUCUGAUCAGGACAGCGGCGUCGGCGCAGAUUCCGCAGCGUCAUCUCGCAUCGGUUCAGUAGAGGGCACGCUCAGCGCCCGCGAAGAAAUUAAUUCCGAGGUCCACGGCUGGACCGUGGAGCAGUGCCUCCUGGCGGCGUGCACUGCACAUAGCCUCGUGUGCCCCACGCACGGGGGCAUACCGCUGCAGCGAGUAGCGCCCGACGCGCUACUCCUGGACGUGGAGGAGGAGCAGCGCGCGCGCUGGGAGCACAUAGUGCUGGAAUCGGUUGCUGGUCGCGGAGCCUUCGGCACCGUGAUGGCGGCCACGUGGAGGCCUCCGGGACAACAGCCGAGGAAGGUCGCGGUCAAAGCGCUGCAGCCCGUCCCACCGCCGAGAGCGCAACACCAUCAUGCUUACAAGGUGGCGCUGGCCAGAUGGGAGCGGUCACCGACAGCGGGCGCCUGCCGCGCCUACUGCGGCCUGCGGCAGGAACUCGGCGUGCUGCGAGUGUUGCGCCACCCGCACGUGCUGCGGCUGCGGGCCGUGUGCGCCGCGCCGCUCGCACUGCUACUCGAGAGGGCGCCACAGGGUGCGCUGGACAGCAUCCUGCGCGCGUACGGCGGCACGGGGGCGCACGUGGGCGCACGCGCCGGGCGCGCGCUGGCGCUGCAGCUCGCGCGCGCUCUGGAGUAUCUGCACGCGCAGCGCGUGCUGUAUAGAGACCUCAAGUCUGAGAACGUGUUGGUGUGGGAGAUGCCUAAUGUAGCAACAGCAGUGGCUGCUGAACUCAGCCCGGCGCCCAUCCCUGUGCAAGUCAAACUGGGAGAUUAUGGUAUAAGCCGGCUCGCACCCCCAUCGGGCACGAAGGGCUUCGGCGGCACGGAGGGCUUCAUGGCGCCCGAGAUCAUGCGCUACAAUGGCGAGCAAGAAUACAACGAGAAGGUGGAUUGCUUCUCGUUCGGCAUGCUCCUGUACGAGAUCGUGACGCUGCGGCAGCCGUUCGAAGGUCACGAGGCCGUGAAAGAAGCUAUCCUAGAUGGCGCGCGGCCCUCGUUGACGCCGAGGGAUCUGCAAUAUCCCUGCAACAUCCUGGAAACGAUGCGCCGCUGCUGGCGCGGCGCGCCCGAGCUGCGCCCCUCCGCGGCCGCGCUGGUGUCCGCGGCGGCCGCGCCGGAGUUCACCGCCUUGCUCGACGCGGCCGCCGCCAGCGUCUCGCUCGCCGCCACCGCGGUGGCCUUACGACAUGUCACAGACGAUGGAGCCCCCGGGUGGGAGGUGUGGUGCGGCGGGGAACCUGAGAGAUUACACACUUUACUGUGCACGGAACAUCACAUCACGCAGCAACACGCCAUUCGAGUGCCGCCAGACGGCGAUGUGGCGGUGACGGUGACCGCGCUGUGCCGCGUCGGCGCCGCCGUGUGGGCCGGCGACAGCACCGGCCGGGUUACCGUUUACUCGUCAUCGAGCUGCGCCGUGCUGUGGACGGGCGCGGUGCAGGAGUCGGUGGGCGGUGGCCCCAGUGCCGUGGCGGCGCUGCAGCCGCUGCCGCAGCUGCGCAGGGUGGCGCUGGCGCUGCAGUGCGGCAGGUUAUUCCUCGUCCGCUCGGAGCGGGAGGUAGCGGAGACGGACGCGGAAGCGGAGGGCGGAUUUGUGCUCACUGAGUUGGGCACCGCUAGUGAGUUGUGCUGUCUCGCCGCCGUACCUUCACCACAAGGGUUCGAGAUAUGGGCGGGCGGUUCCGGGCUGUACACAUACGCCGUGUCUGCUACCGGCGUGUGCGGGGCCGAGCCUCUGCCGGCUGCCCCUCGUGUGACGCUACUAGCAGCCAGCCCGGAGGAGCCCUACGUGGCCCUGUACUCUGAACCUGGAGUAUGCGUGUACCAGUGGUCCGUCCGCAGUCGGCAGCAGACCGCCCGCUUGGACUGCAGUAAACUCGUUCCGUGCAGUGAGAGCCUGCAGUCGCUCGCGCUCGACUCGCGCCCCGGCGACCACCAAGGCCGGGUGACGGCGCUGACGGCGCUAGGAGGGUCGCUGUACGUGGGCACGGCGUGGGGCGUCGUGAUCGUGUGCGCGUGCGCCAGCCUGCGCCCGCUCGCCGUGUUCCGCCCGUAUGAAGAGAGCGUGACAUCAAUAGUGCCAUUGUACCCGCACCGCGGCUCGCAGGCCGCCAUGCUGGCCACGCUGGGCACAGGGUACCGGCCGUUGUUGCACCGCUAUGCCCCACAACAGCCCAAUACUUCGAGCACGAACAACUCAUACAGCGGCCCCCACUGCCUCCUCUGGCGCGCCGGCCACUGGCUGCCCGACUAAACACGUCUGACGUGUAUACACGCCCAACUCGCACAGCAUACGGCGGAUAAUGGAUGUGGGUACGCUGUUACGUUGAUUGGUUAGUGUUAAAUAUUAAACACUUCCUGUACUACUCAGCCAACGACGGUUAUACACGUCCAGCAACGCACACAGGAGUCUGGAUAAUGUCGAUGGGUUAGUGUUUUAUACCUAAGCACAUCUUCACGGAUAUACGCGUCUAGCUUGCACAGCCUACGACGGAUAUACACGUCCAACAACUCUGACACGACGGGUAAUGGAUAUUGGAUAUACGCUGAUUUCACACGACGGGUAAUUGAUAUUGGAUAUACGCUGAUUUACAAUUAGAGUUAAGUCUAGUGACGCUGAUUUACGUCUAUGGGUUAGUGUAUUUCGUUCGAUAUGGCGCUGUACAUACUCAAUAAUACUCAUGUCGUUAUUAUUUAAAUUUAAACAAAUAUUUUUAAAUAAUAAAUUAAUACCAAAAUAUUACUUUGCUAAUAAAUAUUUUUGUCAAAAUUUGGUCGCGUCGAUUUUUUAUCGAACGAGCGUCGAACACAAAUUAAUUGAAAUUAACACUUAACCCUCUUAAUGCCAAGGAUUUCUAUAAACACCCCUAAAGUUGGAUUGUAACUUAUACUAUAUUGAUCUAGGAGGAAUUACAAUCCUGAUUUAGACAGAGAGAAUCAUACUAUCUUUGUCUUACACUAGUACUAGCACCCUUAGAAAAAGAUAAGUAUAGUUUUGUUGUUCUUAAUUACUGACAAGAUUUACUUGAUCAAUUAUAACAAAUAAAUUGACGUUUUCGUAUUCAAGAAAAUGUUUAAGCAAGAUGAAAUGGGGUAAAAAUAAAACAAUGUGUAAUGCGUUCCAGUGUCCCAGUUACUUAGUAUUGUAAAUGUUAAUGUGUCUAGAAUAAUAUGAACCUUUUGAACGCUACGCCUAUUAUAUGUAUACAACACGCCAUCGUUAUCCUUAUCGAAAUGCUCGAAGGUUAAUAUCACACCGUAACCUUGCGCGUCUGUGGACGUCUUUGGCAGUAAAAGGGUUACCAGUUUGACCGCCCAAAGACAGAAUAUUACGCAGCGUACUAUGUAGACGAACAACACGCGAACGCGAAGCGAAGCGAUGCGGCGCGGAGUGAAUCAAUCCUUUGAUACCUAUAGAAGUGUCCUUGGUCGAUCUCGUUGCGAACGCGAACGCCGUAGGCCCGUCGCGCCGCUUCGCUUCGCGUUCGCGAGUUGUUCGCUUACGUAAGCCGCAGCGUAACUCCAUAGGCGUGGCGUUUAAAGGGUUUAUGAUAAAAUCCGUCAACUAAUUAUGUCGUUUAGAAUAUUAUUCCAUUGUUGAAUGAAUUUAUAAAUGUCUUAAAGCAUUAAAUGCAUAAAUGUGACGUUAUUCAAACGUUUUAUCAGAACAAACCUAUGUUACAAAUCUCAUUAUUGAUUUUAAGGGUUUUCGUGUUAUAAUUGUUGUGAAAUUUAUUUGCGUGUUAAAUAACGUUACGGAGUUUUUAUCACAUUCUGGAUCUAGCUCUUCUAAUUAAUGUCAUUAACGGGUCUAACGCGAUUAAUAGAACAUUAUUGUCGAGGCUCGGAAGUAGCUACUUGCUGGCUGAGGAUUCGUUUUAAACGGACGACCUUAGGAGUCCGUUUAAUUGAAUCCGAAGCCAGCAAGUAGCCUUCCAGCCGAGUCAUAUAUAGUGCUUUUCUCAAAAAUGGCGCAAUAAAUACAAAUAUAAUAGAAAUAUUUUACAGAAGCAACGUUCUUAUGUAUAUAUUUUCACAGAAAAAAGUAAAGGGAUUUGCUUUGCCGCCGUUUUAUUUUUUUAAUUAAAAAUAGAAGUGUAUUUUCUGCUGAAAGUACACCAACCUAUUUGAGACACCUAAAUAGUCGCGGUACCAACAUUAUAAUAAUAAGUACUGAUCAUCUGUUUGGCUGUUUAAUGGACCUAUGCCUUCAUUUGAUAUGGCCACUUCAACUUUUAAAAAGUUUGGAACUCGACAAAUAAUGGAAUUUGUAUGCAACAUUGCAGUCCUGAAAUCGAGACUGCAAUGUUUUUAAUUUUUUGACUGACCAUAAACUACGCACUUUGCGAACUACUUUUUAACCGGCAACGUCGACUUUGCCGUCCAUUUUGAGAAAAUUUCAUUAUUUUACCUUUUUUCCGACGUUUCAGCCA